AUGGGCGAUAAACUCACCCGUUCAAGACCCAUCGCAGAAUCAACGGUCAAGGUCCAUAGAUAUUAUGGAGACGGCGAUAUAGAGAUCAAAUCUAACAAUGGCGUAAUAUUGAGAGCUGAUUCCUGGCGACUGGCCAAGGCGAGCAAAGUUUUGGCGGAUAUGCUGGAAAUCUCUUCGCCGGUAGCCUCAGAAACCGUUGUACCUUCCAAACGGAGACUCGACAACUCAUCAACACCCAUAAACAUCGACUACACCUCAAAAGUCAUCAGUCACUUCCUCGACCUCCCGAAUCAAGCCAAUCCCGCUCCUUCACCUUUUACCUACGAGGAUACCAAGUUGCUCAAUGAGCUUUGUGAUCAGUUCAAUGUUGAUCAUCAUUUCAAAGAGAUGGUCAAAGAUCGUCUGGAAGGAGUAUUGUUGCCGACUAUGACGGCGAGGAUUUUCAGCUGGAAAGUUGGUUCCUACGGACUUGUUCUUGUCCAGAAGGAGACGAUGGUUAAUCCAACAUUCGACAUCGAGUCUCGAAGAUUCACAUCGGAAGUCACAGAAGCUUGGGAUCGCUCAGCAAGGGAGUUCGAUCCGGAUCAUGAGAGUCCCUAUUGA